AUGGAGACCAAGCCCCCAGCUGUGGUCAUUAUCGCUCGUCAUGGAAUGCGGAUCGACGCGGUUGACAAGGACUGGCACCUUACUUCACCGACUCCCUACGACCCCCCUCUGACAUAUGGCGGAUGGAUGCAAGGGCGUGCCCUGGGCGCUCGCAUUGCAAGUCUGUUGAAAUCGAGAGAAGAAUCCCUGCAUAGUCAUCCUCCGUCGGCAAGCAGCUCGACUACAAAGCUCCAUAGCCCAUCGGAGGUUGCCCCAGAAGACGUGUAUCGCACCUCGCCCAGAAAAGUGCGGAAACACAAGGUUGUUAUUCACUCCUCGCCAUUUUUACGAUGCGUCCAAACUUCUAUCGCAAUCAGUGCUGGCAUGAGCCAGUUCCAACGCACCGAAAAAGAACGACUAGCCGAGGAGAAGCUGCCAACACCGGAUCUAUCGUCAGAGGAAGCGUCGCCUGUAACGACACCGUUUCGAUCACCCACCCCGAAUUUAGCAGAGGCGCUGGCCAAGUUCGGAGACAGGGAUAAGGGAACUAGUCACACACGACGCCGCGGUGUCUUUCCGAAAACACGUCUACGGAUUGAUGCCUUCCUAGGCGAAUGGCUAUCGCCAGACUACUACGACCAAAUCACCCCUCCUCCAGAAUCGGUGAUGAUGGUAAUGGGUGCGAAGGGGGAGCUGUUGAAACGUGGCGAGAGCCUCCAACGGGGAAGUGACGCCGGUAUCCACUCUGUCGCCGGCCACUUUCCUGGUGGAUGGAGAAAUAACUCACAGCCAACAUCGCCAGCCUCUGAAAAUGACGAAGGAAAACUUCAAGGUAUGGCUUCGCUGGCUGAUGCUCUUCCUUCAACGAUCCGCUCGGGGAACGAUGGGCGGCCAGUCAAAGGAAUCACGAUCCGUGACGUAUUAUCCCGAACGCAUUCUCAUUCUCAUGAAGAUCAUUCCGAAGGUUAUAUCCCCCCGACGCCAUCCUAUGCCAUCUCGUCGGCAGACCCCAUCCCCACCGGCUAUGUUUCCCAUGCGAGAGACGCCUGUGUGGAUGUUGAUUACCAGUGGGAUAGCAUGAAAGACCCUCAGAAUUGGGGUGACGGCGGAGAGUACGGCGAAGAGUGGAGUGCAAUGCACAAACGGUUCCGAAAUGGCCUCUUGAGUCUAUUGGAUUGGUAUACCCACGAGAAGCCGCAGGACAGCCAUCACCGCCAUCACCGCCACCAUCACAAUGACGAAGAGACCGAUACGGUGGUAGUUCUGGUUACUCAUGGAGCCGGCUGCAAUGCUCUUAUUGGCGCCAUGACAAGCCAACCAGUCCUCAUAGAUGUGGCCAUGGCGUCCCUUACAAUGGCAGUGCGGAAGGACGUUUUUAGAGCCAGGGAGAUCAACCACGAACCCAGUGAUGAGGGAAACAAUGACCUAGAAGAGCCGCAUUCCUUAUCCGGCACCGACACAUCUGUUCUUGAAGAAUACGAUAUGUCCCUGAUCGCGUCGACGGAGCACCUCGAUGCUACCUCCAACCCUCUUGCUAUUCCUCAACUUCCAAAUCCGGCUCUCGAACGCUCUAGAUCAAUUUCGAUGUACCGACAUCGAGCAGAUGGGCGCCCACUUCUCAUCCCGACUAGCCAUGAAGUGCCGAAGAGAUCGAACCGCGGGGUUGGCUUACAGAGGGCUUCUACGACGAGUUCUUCGCGCCAUAAUCACUCUCGGGGCCGAUCCGGCCUGUGGGGCUCCGCAUCUCAUGAAAUCGACAAUGGAAGUUUCGAAGAAGAGACCAGCCAGAUGCCUGACUUCAGCCAGCCCGGGUCUACGAGCAACAGCUCGAACGAUUCUCGUCCUCAGACAGCAGUUAGCGCAAAGUCGUCAUCUUCAAAGCAACCACAGGAAGUGACCAAAUCUCAAAGAGGGCUCUGGAGCAGUGCCAUCAUCGCGCAGGAACGCGAACCUCCAACGAAACGAAGAUGGACCGUUGGCGAGCGUCGCUAA